CUAGUUCUGCUUUUGCUCCUGGAUAAGAGAGCCUUUGCUUUUGACAAGUUGGAAAUUCAAUAUAAGUAUACUUUGCCUUAUAAUAAGGUCAACUUCACAAUGUAAUAACCGUAACAGCCACUAGGGGCGCUAUAAGGGGUGUAAAAGGAGUAGCCCUGUUCAUUCAUUGCUGAUUUGACCCUCUUCGCCUUCCGUAGUCACACACCAAGAAACUUUUUACCAAAGGAGCAACCUGCACGCUGGAAAUGAUCUCUUCUGAGAGGUGACACAGGGAGAUGAUAGCGAACGAGGAAUGAACAUGGUGUCCCUGCGGACCAAUGGUAGCACACCGGAGAGGACUGUACCUGUAAUACGCUUGGAGGAUGAUGCUGACCUCAGGGAAAUAUAUAAAUUUGGAAGGAAAUUGGGUCAAGGUAGCUUUGGAGUUGUUUAUGAAGCUAUCCACAUUGAGACACGGACAGAAUGGGCUAUUAAGGAGGUUUCCAAACCUGUGCCAGGAAGUUCCAAAGUUGAGAUGCUGGAGAAUGAAAUCAACAUCCUUAAACAAGUGAAUCAUGCUCACAUUAUACAUCUCAAGGAGGUCUACAUCACGGCAAAGAUGACUUAUUUGGUUACUGAGCUGUGUGUUGGAGGGGAUCUGAAGCAGCUGUUGAAGCGGAAAAAGUUCUUUACAGAGGAUGAGACGAGGCAUAUCAUCCUGAGCUUAGCUGACGCUGUUGUCUACCUUAACAAAAGAGACAUCGUGCACAGGGACUUGAAACUGGAGAACAUUCUCGUGAAAAAUGCUCCAGAUGAGGAUGAGAAGGGAAGGAUUAAUAUUAAGGUGACAGACUUUGGAUUAUCGGUGCAGACGGGUGGUGUAGGCAUUGAGAACAUAAUGACGGAGGCCUGUGGGACUCUUAUCUUUAUGGCUCCUGAAAUCAUGAGCGGUCGUGGUUACACCCGCUGGUGUGACGUGUGGAGCAUAGGAGUCGUUAUGUAUAUGUUGCUGUGUGGAGAGCCUCCGUUUGUGUGCAAGACCAAGACAGACCUGUACAAGGAGAUUAAGCACAAGGAGGUUCAGUUUACCCAAACCAUCUGGGCCACAGUCAGUGAUGCAGCCAAAAAUCUGUUGACUCUCCUUCUGAAGGUGGAUCCUUCCUAUCGCAUGUCUGCUUCACAGCUCCUAGAAAACCCUUGGAUAACAGGUGACACUAAUGUGUCUGCACUAACGCCCAAUGUGCUGGAGAUGAUGCGUCACCACAGGGAACAGCAGGAGAGAACAGGGACCCUUGAGGACUUGUCCCCCACCUCUUCUGAGGACACACCAGACCAGGCUCCUGCCUCUUCAACAAAAACAGACAGCAGCUGCAGGAGCCAAGCUAAACCAAACCCAAAGACCAGCAGAGAGAAGAGGUUCUGUACACCGUCCACAUCAACCAAGCUGACUAAAGACAUUGUUGGCAGCAGCCGGCAGGACAAGCACAAAAAUGGCUCUGAAACACUGGCACAACUUCAACUGACCCCCCCACAGUCUCAUGCCGGCGUGAAACCCUCCACACAGCAGCCACGAGCUCAGGACAAGAAGGACAUCAGUACAGGACAGAAAGCAGCCUGUGAUGACAAGAGAUCUUCUCCCCGCAGUAAAAGUAGGACCGUCGCUUGUAAACCAGAGAGAGAGUACAAGAGAGAAAAGCUGAACUAGAGACAGCUAUAAACAGCAGAUGGAGCUGUAGUAAGUUGCUGGGUUUCUUUCCUGGAGAUGAUCUGACAGGAGAGUGCUUUCCCUGAAGCUUACUACCUAGUUUGGUGCAUGAUGAUGUGUAAUUAGAAUUGAUUGCUUGAGUCACUGCCCAUUAAAACUGUGAUGUCCAUGUGAUGUGUCAGUAAUUAAUAUGUUGUAUGUCUUGAUGGUCCAUUAAAACAAAGUCAAUUGUUAAA